AUGGGUCGGUUUUCGUAGCCCUGCAAGUUGUCAUCACUGGUUAGAAAUGCCGUGGGCAAUGCUAAGCGCGUACAGGGAAUGCUUCCGCGUCACAUAUAUGGCCGGCCUCUGACGUUUCGUAUAAAACUCACAUUUGUCCUUGUCCUAUCAGAUAAAGAUGGGAACCGACUUCACUCAGGUAAAGACAGGAACCAGCUUGGUCGUCACGGGGAGUGUAUCCCACGGUAUUGCUAUAGUCUGUACUAUUUUCAGGCUUGUUUACAGAGGUUGGACGCGUCACUUCUGGUGGGAAGAUGCAUGGGCAGCAGUUUCACUUAUCUCAGACGUUCUCGUCCUGGCAUGCAUCUGGAUCUACCCCUCUCCAAAUCUACCAUCCUGGUUCCUCGCAGUCACUUUGACCUGCGUUAUGUGGGCAGCACGCAUGAGCAUCAUUUUUUGCAUCAUCAGAAUCACCAAUCAUUCAGGCCGCAAACUCCAUAGAUGGAUCACUUAUCUCAUUGCACUAUCAUUCUUAUGCAUGUGGAUCGCACUGCUGGUUCAGAAGAUCGACAUAUGCAGAUUCCAGGCGUGCCAGAUGUCCGAGUCUGUAGCACUCUCGCAACUGAUCACGGACGUUUUUGCGGAUUUCUCUCUCGUCGCUGCGCCAUUGCAAAUCUGGAAAAAUGUAGGGCUCUCACGUGGCAGAAAAAUAUUGGUCUUGUCCUCAUUCGGCGCAUCGAUUCUAAUCACUGCCACGACCAUCCCUCUCUCUGUAAUCCUCUUUUGGCCCCUGUCAGACACUGCGCUCAUCUUCGCGCAUGUCAGGGCUGCGGUCAGUCUUAUCGUCUGCAACGUCCUGGUGAUCGUUACCUUCACAUACCGCGUAUUGUUGAAAGAAACUUGUGAUAUUGACCAAUCUUUCACAUCCCCCGGAAUAUUUUCCACUGUCAUCUUGACGCAGUACACAUACACUAGGACUUCAUUCGGUGGACAGGAGGGAACAACCUCGAGACACAUAACGACAACGACGGCGCAGACGAAGCCAAAGCUGGAUGAUGAUGCAAGUACGCUGAACGCUGAAGAGGGCACUAAAGUCGAGGGAUAGCUGGAAAUAUGAAAGUGACGAGCAAUGAUCGAUAGCGAGGGAAGUUCCCAAUCAUGAUGACUGGUGUUUUUGUGUACACCUCCAGCAUGUCACUUUUCGCGCCGCGACCAAUGUUUCACAGGUCAUGUAACUUUCCACGCAGGAUAUAUAAACCCGAAGCAAUUUUUUAUGUGCCCUUGACAUGGUCUCGGUAAUGAAAGCUUUUAGCUACGUGCUUAAAAUCUGCCACCUAGUAGUACUGGUCGUCCACAAGAGAAAAAAUUGCUUUUGGCCGAUGCU